GUGACAGACUUAGAGUGAACUACUUCCCUUGUCAGGGCUUCCCAAAAGGGCCCCCAUCCCAUCCAUCCUUGCAAGUCAAUCAAUAACUUAAUAGUUGUUCCUACAUCCAAAUCCAAACACCUGGACAAACACCAAGCUGAAGCCUGGUUGGUUGGACCAAACUACUGAAACUAGCUAGGAAAACCACCUCUGGUAGGUGUGAGUACCUGUUACCAUCUGCAACAGGAUUCCUCCAGGCGCCCCACAGUUUCAGCCACAUAGCAAACCUGGCCAGACUUUGGAUCUCAGUCUUCUCUGCAAUUUGUUGAAUUGGGUUUGCUUCCUGUGAAUAUCGACUCAAUUUGGUGGCAAUACACCUUUCUUACAAUCUUCAUCUGGUUGAAAAAUGUUGUUCAAACUUUUGACCGGUUCGAUUCGACGCCGAAAACCCGGACAAAUUACGCAAAGAACGGCCCCAGAUCAAAUCAAAAGAAGAAGGGAAGUGCGCAAAGGUUAAGCAAAGUACGCGAGGUGCAUGGAAUAGUAUGCAAGUUCUCUUGCUUCACUCCUCCCCUUCCCUUCCCCUCCCCUCCCUUUGAAAAAUUCUAUCUUCGCUGCUCCUCCAAGAAACCACACCAUGCAAAUACGCAGGUCUUCUCUCUCGCUCCAUCUUCUCAUGCAUGCAUGAUCAUGGCCACCAUGAGAUGCCUCAGGCCGGGCGGCGCUCGCCGCCGGCAGUGCCCUCUCCUCGCCGCCUUCUGCUCCUCGCUCGUCGACGGGCUCGCGCACCUGGAGGCCACGCUGUCCGCCGAAGAUGAUGACGGCGGAGGCGGGUCGGCGGUGUCCAUGAGGUGGUGCGCCGACGCCAUGCGCCUCGUGAGGCGGAUGCAGCGGGACCUGCUGGCCGUCUUCAGGAGCGCCGACGCGCCGGUGACCGUCGACGCAGGCUCCUGCGCCGGCGAGGACUGGCUGGAGCAGUACAUGCAGGAGACGGCGGCGCUGCUGGACUUCUGCAACGCGUUCAAGUCCGCCGUGUCCCGGAUGCACCGGUACUGCAUGGUGGUGGACUUCGCCGCGCAGGUGGGCUGCGCCGGCGCCGGAGGUAUCGCCGCCUCGCUCGUCGCCGAGAGCACCGCGCCGUCCUCUCCGGCCGCCACCGUCCGCGGUAAUCUGUCGGACGUGAAGGCAGUGGUGAGCGAGGCGGAGCGGCUGGGGGGAAAGAUCAUCUCCAGCUCCGGCGGCAGCGGCAGCAUGGUCCUCGUCACGCUCGUCGCCAAGAUCACAAUGGCCGUCGUGGCCACCUCCGUGCUCCACGCGCUCACCCACGCCUCACCCCCUUCCCUCCUCGAGGACGACGUCGGCGUCGGCGGCGCGCACCAGCGCAGCAGCACGCUCGCCCGCGCCGCGGUCCCAGAGCAGCUGCGUCCGUGGCGCGAGUCGCUGUCGGCGAUCAACGAACGGGUGGCGGCGCUGCCGGCGAGCAUCGCGGAGCACGAGAGUGUCGUGACGGCGGUGAGGGACAUGAUCGGCGGCAGGACGGAAGGAUCAGAGGAUCAUGCGGAGCUGCUGAGGACGAGGUCUGGCGAGCUCCGGGAGGGGGUGGAGAUGUUCGACUGUGUUCUUGAUCAAGUCUUUGACGAGGUGAUCAGGGGCAGGAAUGAGAUGCUGGGGAUCUUCAGAGACAAGGUCCUUACAUAACUGAAAUGGGGUGAAUUUUAAUUACCUCUGGAUUUCAAUCUCGUGUAAAAAUUUGGUGAUGUUUGUAAUGUUGGAUUUGCUGAUCCUAAAUUGUUAAUUGAUCAAUCAACUGAAUUUUCUUCAUCUUUUUUCCUUCUUUAUAAAGGGUGUAGAAGUUGUUGUAGCGUGUGGUUUUUAUGUGUUUGCGUUUUAAUUUGCUUUGUAACUUUGUAUUGACAGUGUCAUGAGACCGACCAAUAAAGCAAGUGACAUUUCAUUUA